AUGCAACAGCCUCGAGUGCAGACGGAUGCCAUCGGGGCCGGCGAGGGGCCGCAGCGGGCGCUGCCCUGGACGGCCUGGGUCACGCGGCAGGACUGGGUGCGCUGGUGCCUGUGCCACGUGCCCCAGAGCUGGACCCAGUGGUGGGCCACGUCCAGCUGGCGGCAGCCGCUGCAGCGCAUGCUGUGGAACCUGGAGGGGGUCCUCUACCUGCUGCUGGCGCUGAUGCUGUGCCACGCGCUCUUCACGACCGGCUCCCACCUGCUGAGCUCCCUGUGGCCCGUGGCGGCCGCGGCGUGGCGCCAUCUGCUGCCGGCCAUCCUGCUGCUGGUGCUCAGCGCCCUCCCGGCCCUGCUCUUCACCGCCUCCUUCCUGCUGCUGUUCUCCACGCUGCUGAGCCUCGUGGGCCUCCUCACCUCCAUGUCUCACCCAGGCUACGCGCAGGACCAAUAG